GUUUUCUUUGUCAAUACAAUCUAUACCAGAAAGCGCAACACGAGCAGGAGGAGAGUACUGGACCGACCUCGAAAGGCGUUCAUCGUUUUUUUCCUACGCUCUGCGUCGUUUUCCAAGCCAACAACGACCGCCACAAACUACCAUCACAACAUCACACAACCCCCGUCACCCAACACACCCUAGCAACACGCAAAGGCAAGGAAGGAUCGGCUUCAAGCAACCUCCUUUCUGACUCUUAUCAAGUGAGAGUGAACGGAGUUGAACGUUCGCGGGACACGUUUGAUAAACAAGCUCGCCGUUCAACGCGACUCCUUUGAAAGCUUGCGCUCUUUGGUCAAAAGUCAGCGCGACUUUCAUUGGCAUUACCCCCUUCCUCAUCUCCACCUCUCUCCCCCAUUCCGGCAGUGACCACCCUGCCAACCGACGCAACCCCACUUCGCAGCGUCUCCCAUAGGGUCGAGCGGAAUACGCAUCCCGCGCUUCACUCAUAAGCGCAAUCCCGACAAGCUCCGACCUACAUCCCCGCCGUCACCCAUCCCAUCUGCCGGUGUCUCCCUGACCAAGAAACACAAGCGAAACCCCCACCCACACCAAACCCAAACGGUGCGAGAAGUUCUAGCGUUACUCGCUAUAUCAUAUCUUUGCUGUUUGUCGUCAUCUCGCUUGGCUGUUCAAGAGCAUCGCCUUGUCAUUGGCGAUCUUGCCUGUCCUUAUCGCCUCGACGCGUGUUUCAGCAUUGUUUAGGUGCUCUCGCCGCUUUUCGCUGCUUGGCCGCUUUGGUGCUUUAAAGGCAAGAAGCGUUUGGUCCUUCUUUCCAUUCGUUCUAUCCAAGGUUGAUAUCCUUAUCAUCCAGCUGAUUUGCUGUCGAACACAGCCUCUCUUCACGCACCAUUCUAUCACUACUACUCUGUUCGCCAUGAACAUUAGACACUAAUUCGGCUUUUGUCGAGUUAUCGUCCCCUUCGACCUCGUCUAUCGACACCCUCAUCGCCCGAGUUCUAUCUUCUCAUCGGAGAAGAUUCAAGGCUCAUUCGACCAGUCAAUCGCAUAAUCGACCAUCUCCGCAUACACAUCUGUCACAAAAAACUCUUGUCUGUAGCCAAUACCCAUUCGCAUACGCAUCCACCCCCAUAUCAUCACAUAUCAACAUAUCAACCCCAGCAUCAUGUCAAGCACGAUAUACCACCCCGCCCCCAUGCCCCACUCUCAUUCCCCAUCCCCCAUCCCAUUCUACCAGUCCAACGCCAUGUCACCUACGACGACGAAGCGUUUACGCUCAUGCCUCUCUCCAACACGGACGAGAUGCAGCUCGCCAGCGCUCUAUCCCAACGCUGGGUCGGGCAAAUUCGAAGCUGCCGGUGGAAGAGGGGUUGGGGAACAGGGUGGGAAGAGGGUCAAGACUGUUAGGUGGCAGGAGCUGAACGGGUGUGCUGUCGCUUCCUUCCACGAUACCUACUCGCACGAAGAGUACGACCGCACUCCGCUCGAACCGCCUGCGCCCGAAGAGCGCGAAUGUGUUCUGCCUGAACGCGGCUCUCGCUGUCUCUCCGCCAUCUUGUCCAGCUCCACUUCCUUCUACUCUGCCCCUACCAUGUACGAUGACGACGAGGAAGAAGAGGAGGACGAUGAUCUUCGGGCAUGUUCCUCCGAUUUGGACUCGUUCAUGCUCCAAACGCCGCCUAGUACGGAGGUCCAUUCCGAGGACGGUGAUCCUUCCGACCGUGACGAGGAAGGAGAAGAGGAGGAGGAUGGAUGGGAUUCGUGUAUGCAGAGAAGACGGAUGAUGUUUUCCCGUCUGUGUGCGCGAAAAGGAGCAGAGGGAGAGAGGUAUCCCGAGUUUGAGGGGUACAAGUCGUUAUCUGCCACGCUCGUGCAGCUGCUGCAGAGUGUUGGGUGUGAUGAUGGCGAUGCCACCGAAGCUGCUCGUGGCGAGAACGAAGAAGAGGAAGAUGACGAAGAGGAAGAGGAAGAGCGGGGUAGAGAUAGAGGUCUCAACAUCUUUGGUCUCUCUUCACUUCCUCCUCGCCAAGAAGAGGCUAUCGAGACUGGCACCCCGUCGCUCGUGUCCACUGAGGAAGCCGAGAGCGAGAUUGAGUGGAGCAUACGUAGCCCCGAUGGCGGCUCGUGCGGCAGUGGCUUCCCUGUGAUAUUGGGAAGGCCGAUAAGAGGGGAGAGCUUGGACUUGGUCUCUGGCGUAGAGGGCGGAGAUGCGGACAAGGUCCAGAUGGCGUCCGCGUACGCGGGGGAGAGGUGGAGACGGGCGAGCGACUAGACAUUAAAUCAUAUCAGACCAUAUAGUGCUUAUUAGCCCGGAGAUGGGGGUAGAAGUAGACCGGGGUAAUACAUAUACGACCACACUUAUGACAUAUUAUGAACAUCUUUCCAAUCACUGUACAUGGACUUGUUGUCAUUUGAAUGAAAGCUGCCUCCACUUUGCUCCAACCUCCACCGGGAGAGUGGCGAACGACUCUGAUCGAUUCACUCGCA